CUGCGGAUCGCGGUCUUCGGAUCCGGCCCGACCGGCUUCUACGCAACCGAUCAUCUCUUCAAGGCCGCUGGGGUCACCGUGGAGGUGGACCUCUACGACCGCCUGCCGACCCCCUACGGUCUGGUGCGCGGCGGAGUGGCUCCCGAUCACCAGAAGAUCAAGUCGGUGACCCGCGCCUACGAGCGCACCGCGCAGAACCCGCGCUUCCGCUUCUACGGGGGCGUCGAGUUCGGGAGCGACAUCCGGCUGGCCGAUGUCCGGCGCCACUACCACGCGGUCAUCUAUUGCGUGGGGGCGCAGGUGGACCGGGCCAUGCGGAUUCCCGGCGAGUCCCUCGGAAGAAGCCACGCGGCGACCGAGUUCGUGGCCUGGUACAACGGUCACCCGGACUACCGGGAUCGGGAGUUCGACCUUUCCCAGGAGUCGGUCGCGGUCGUCGGGGUCGGCAAUGUGGCAGUGGAUGUCUGCCGGGUGCUGGCCCGUUCCGUGGACGAGCUGAAGACGACCGACAUCGCUGACUACGCGCUGGAGCAGCUCGCGGAGAGCCGGAUUCGCGAGAUCCACAUGCUCGGCCGGCGAGGUCCGGCGCAGGCUGCGUUCAGCAAUCCCGAGAUCAAGGAGCUCGGGGAACUCGAGGGCGCCGACAUCCGGGUGUUCGAAGAAGAAGCGGCGCUUGAUGCGGUGAGCCAGGAAUGGGUGGAUUCCGGCGCCGACAGGUCGGCCCCGAGGAAGGUCGAGAUCCUCCAGCAGUACGCCGCCGACGAACGGUCCGGCAAAUCGCGAACGCUGACCGUCCGGUUCCUCGUUUCCCCAGUGGAACUGAUUGCCGGCGAAGAUGGUGCGGUUACCCGGGUCAAGCUCGUGAAGAACGAGCUCUACCGCAACGAACGGGGCACGGUCCGCCCGCGCGCCACCGAUCAUUUCGAGGAUCUCGCUGCCGGUCUGGGGAUCUCUGUGCCGUUGGUCAAGCGCGGUCCCACCGGGGUGAUCGGCACCAACAAGGCCGACGCCCUGGAGACCGUUCGGGUGCUGCUCGAGGACGUGGCGGCCGGCAAACACUGGGAGCCGGAAUCCCCGUCCGCCGAGUCGGCGGAGCGCUUCGUGGCUGAGCGCGCGCCUACCUAUUUCUCGUUCGCCGAUUGGAAGGCGCUCGACGCGCUCGAGGUGGCGCGCGGCAAGGCCGAGGGCCGUCCGCGGGUGAAGUUCGUGAGCGUCGAGGAGAUGCAGGCCGCGAUUCGCUAG